GUUGACCUAAUCGUGCGAGCUCGUUUUCGUCAAUCUGCAACUCCUUUGAAGUGUAAAAAAACAACAGAAGGUUGCUGAUCACCAGGGGAUUUUUUGCGUAAUACUUAAUCAAUUGCAAUGUUUCUCACGAAUAUUUUACUGAAAAAGGCAAAAAGCAAAAACAUCCUGGUUCUGAUGGAAAGUGCCGUCAGUGGACAUCAGUUUUUGAAGAUUCGAGAGCGACUGGCCGAUAAGUUGGAACUCAUUCGCUUCGAUCCUUACAUUCAACGUAACAGUUUAUACAAGGAACGAAAACGUGUGCGAAGUAUGAAUUAAUAUAAUGGAAUAAUCAUUUAUAUUACUAUAAUAAUAUUGUGUUUAUAGUUAGACAAA